CAUCCGGGACGCGUUUCCGCCGCCGCCGCCUUGGCCCGGCCCCCGCGCGCCGAGCCUAUAAGGCUGGGGCGGGCCCGGCCGCGGCCCGCAGAACUGUCCCCACCCGCCCUCGCCCCGACCAGCCCGGCCCCGGGCAGCUGCUCACCGGUGUCCUCAGUCCGCGUCCGCCCCGGGUCCCGGCCAUGGCGCUGAGCGAACCCAUCCUGCCGUCCUUCUCCACUUUCGCCAGCCCGUGCCGAGAGCGCGGCCUGCAGGAGCGCUGGCAGCGCGCAGAGCCCGAGGCAGGCGGCACCGACGACGACCUCAACAGCGUGCUGGACUUCAUCCUCUCCAUGGGGCUGGACGGCCUGGGCGCCGAGGCCGCCCCGGAGCCGCCGCCGCCUCCCCCGCCGCCCGCGUUCUACUACCCGGAGCCCAGCGCGCCGCCCCCCUACGGCGCCCCCACGGGUGGCCUGGUGUCCGAGCUGCUGCGGCCCGAGCUGGACGCGCCGCCGGGGCCGGCGCUACACGGUCGCUUUCUGCUCGCGCCCCCCGGCCGCCUGGUCAAGGCCGAGCCCCCCGAGCCGGACGGCGGCGGCGGCUACGGCUGCGCGCCCGGCCUGGCCCGCGGGCCUCGCUGCCUCAAGCGGGAGUGCGCCCCGGGCCCGGGAACCGCGUGCUUGCGAGGCCCCCGGGGCCGCCCCCCGCCACCCCCCGACACGCCGCCGCUCAGCCCCGACGGCCCCGCGCGUCUGCCCGCGCCCGGCCCGCGCACCCCCUUCCCACCGCCCUUCGGCGGCCCCGGCUUCGGCGCGCCCGGGCCCGGCCUGCACUACGCGCCGCCCGCGCCCGCCACCUUCGGUCUCUUCGACGACGCGGCCGCCGCCGCCGCCAUGGGCCUGGCGCCCCCCGCCCCCCGCGGGCUGCUCACGCCGCCCGCCUCCCCGCUGGAGCUGCUGGAGGCCAAGCCCAAGCGCGGCCGCCGCUCCUGGCCCCGCAAGCGCACCGCCACCCACACCUGCAGCUACGCCGGCUGCGGCAAGACCUACACCAAGAGCUCCCACCUCAAGGCGCACCUGCGCACGCACACAGGCGAGAAGCCUUACCACUGCAACUGGGACGGCUGUGGCUGGAAGUUUGCGCGCUCAGACGAGCUCACGCGCCACUACCGCAAACACACGGGCCACCGGCCAUUCCAGUGCCACCUGUGUGACCGUGCCUUCUCACGCUCCGACCACCUGGCGCUGCACAUGAAGCGGCAUAUGUAGCCCAGACGCCCCCGCCCACCUGCGCGCGGCCGUGGCGGGUCCCACGCGCCGGGCGCGGCCCCCUUCCAAACUGUGAGUGGUAUUUAUUGGACCCAGAGGACCGGGCUGGGCACAGCGUGGCCGCAAGAGGAUUCCCCAGACGACGACGACGCCACCGCCCCAGCCGCCAUCUGUGACUGAGAGCUCACAAUCCUCUUUGACGAGUUUUGUUUUCAAAAUGGUGCAAUAAUUAAGUGUCGUCUUUUCUCCUGCCAGGUCUACACUAGAGGAUCGAGGAUUGAUGCCUUGUGAAAAAUGCCCCCUUAAUUUGUACUGCUUGCGAACUGCCUGCCUGCGACAUUUUUUAUAAUAUUGUACAGUCACUGUGACAGAUAAUUGUAUUACUGUAAAUAGGGAGACAGGUGGGCAUUUUUGGCUGCCUGGAUCGUUUUUAUAAGACUUUUGCUGUUUUUUAAUUUAAAAAAAAAAAAGUUUUGCAUCUUUUGA